ACUCGAAUUUGUGGUACGACACGUUUUCCCGUCAGUGCUAAAUAAAAACAAACCCACGUGUGUGCCAGCAAGGAGGGAUCGCGAGGCUGCUACCAUGGCUGCUGAUUCCAAGGAUGUUGUGGUGGAAUUAGGUUUCGUAGAGAAAACACCGGCAUGGAAGCUGAACUCCAAGUUCUUCCCCAGCAAGGUUGGAGGAUGGCCAGCUUGGCUUGCCCUCAAGGGUCUACCCACCCCUGAGGAACUUGCAUGUCGCCACUGCAAGAAGCCGCUCAUUUUCCUCUGCCAGGUUUAUGCUCCAUUCCAUGAAAAAUAUGAAACCUGCUUUCACAGAACAAUGUUUGUGUUUGUGUGCCGUGAUCCUGACUGCUGCCGGGACAAUGACGCCUUCAACAUCCGAGUGUUUCGCUCACAGUUACCAAGAAAAAAUGAUUUCUACCCUAAUGAACCUGCUAAGGAGGUAGAGGCUGGAGCAGAAAGUCCUGGUGCCGGGGACUUGAACCACUUAUGCCGUGUUUGUGGUGCUCUUGGACCAAAGACUUGUGGAAGCUGCCAUGUUGCUCGCUAUUGUUCAAAAGACCAUCAGGCAUUAGAUUGGAAAGGAGGACACAAGGCUGAAUGUAAGAAUCCAGAGAGUGUUAGUAAAAGGUGUUCAAAGUCAACUGCUAAGCUCCUCUUCCCUGAGUACGAGAUAGAGUUGGAACCAGAGGAACAGGAGGCUGCUAGAGAGAAGACUGAGGAUGAGGUGAUGAAAGAAUAUGAGGAGCUGCUGAGGUCUGGACAGGUUACCCAUCAAGAUGAUGAUGACUCUGAUACAGAAAAUGAUCUGGUGAAUAUGGCCACCAAAGAAACUGACAAACAAUUCCAGAAGUUCCGGACAAGAAUUAAAGACUAUCCAGACCAGAUACUGCGUUACGACCGGGAAGGUGAGCCCCUCUGGGUGUCCUCAAGUAAUAAGGUGACACAAGUGCCAGACUGCCCUGGCUGUGGAGCUCCCCGACAGUUUGAGUUUCAGGUAAUGCCACAACUGUUGGUCCAUCUGAAGGUGGACAGUGCAGGGCAGAGCAUUGACUGGGGCACAGUAUUGGUGUACUGCUGUUCCCAGAGCUGCCAGCAGGAUCGAUCUUAUGUAGAGGAGGUGGUCUUCAAGCAGGACUAUGCACCUAUAGAGGAAGUGAUGAAGAACCAGUCAUAAACAUGGCUCAAGUAACUAACCUUCUACUCACACCAUGGCCUCUACAUCUAGGUCAUACCACAAACAGACUCCACACCACCCUCACACUACUGGUCACCUCGGAUGGGAAACAUGAGGACUCGGCUGCGCAUGAAGGACAAGUUGGGAAGUUGAGUGACCACCUGCCUCACUUCAGGAGCCAGGGACUGCAGUGGAGUGGCAGGGCAGGGCACCUUACUCAUUCCUCCACCAAGGAUCUGCUGUACAAGGGGGGAUGGUGUGGGUGGGCUCUUGGCUGCCCUUCCUCCUGACCCUUUAUCUCCUCCUUCACUUAAAAACUCCUGUUCUAAACCUGUCAAGAGAGACACUGUUUUGUCAGCUGCCAAAGCAGAUACAGAUAACAAGAUUCAUCAGUACCAAUUGCAAGAUAAAAACAAUCUCAAUGAAUCAGGAGGAAGUAACAUGCAAAUAAUAUGAAUAUCACUACAAUUUUCAAUUUUUAUAUACUAUAUUUGUAUUUGUUCCUAAUGAGAAGCAAAUGAAGACUGGCAUAAAAUUACUAUAAAGUAUUACUUAAAUUCCCUAAUGCAAGAAAUAUACAAGAAAUAUGUUACAAAUAUUUGCAUAAACUAUCAUCAUUCAUUAUCUUGAGAUGCUACCGAAAAUCUUAUUUUUCAGUAGAAUAGCAAUGUGUUGUGCAUUGUUAAGACGAAACCAGCAAGGGCUGCAACAUGAAGAUGACUAAGCAAAGCUAAAAUAUAAAUACACCUCUGCUUUGGUUUCCCUUAACCAAGUUCAAACAUUAUGCUAAUGCUACAUGCAGUUACUUCACAGUCUGGAUUACUAAUAAAAUGGCUCUACUAUA